GGAGCAGGAAAAUCCCGUGUCACUUGAUGACUCCCUGUGAUAUCAUUCCUUAAAAAAACCACUACAUGCUGUUUGAGUUUGACCAAUUACCACUCCCACUUUCUCUCCUUUUCCCCGCAAUGUCGCAACAUCUUCGGAUUCUUCAGCCUCCGCCACUCUCCUCACCACCCAACCCAGAUUCCCAGCCUCUGCGCCUCAGCUUCGGAUUCCCCUUCGGAUUGAGGUUCGGCUUCCAUUCCUCCGCGUCUCGCCCAAUUUCCGUCUCCUGUGGCUGCGGGCGCCAAACCCCUCCGCUUGGGUUGAGUCAGGAAGAGACCGCCAGUGGCAGUGGCUCCGUUCGUCUUCAGCCAAUCUCUAGCGAAACCGACUUCGAUCGUGUCCUCGCUCAGGCUCAAACGCUCCACCACGCCCUCAUUAUUGUUUGGAUGGCAAAUUGGUGCAGAAAAUGUAUAUAUUUAAAACCAAAAUUGGAAAAGUUGGCAGCAGAGAGUUAUCCAAGAUUGCAGUUCUACAGCGUUGAUGUUAAUACUGUUUCACACAAACUUGUCGCUCGAGCCGGCGUGACUAAAAUGCCAACCAUACAACUGUGGAAAGAUAGCAACAAACAAGCUGAAGUUAUUGGUGGCAACAAAGCAUAUUUAGUAAUAAAUGAGAUUCAGGAGAUGAUUGAGAAUGAGUGCACCACAAGUUUCGGUGCAUGAGACUAGUAUACUUUAUUAAUAGGCUUUACGUUACUGCAUUAAUUUUUCCCCAUACAUUACAUGUAAUAAAUUUUGCUACUUUUUAUUUUUUGUUUUCCCAAAACCGUUGCUUUUAAAUCA